GCAAAAACAUGUUUUUACCGUCGCUGCAAUGUCAGCCGUCUCCAUUCUUCUUUCCUAUUGGGGGAAGUUAAAAACCGAAAAGUAACAAUGAGAUCCAACGUCGCGAAAUUUAUAGCAUAAAACAGAAGUUAAAUCUGCUGUUGGUGAAUUUUCAGUUGCCCGUGAGCUGAUUGUGUUGGAGAAUAGGAGUAUCUGAUACUGCGAACGUGAUUGGAUGGAGUGAUGCGGUGAUCUGGGGUUUGAGAGACGGUAAAUAUGGCAGGGGCUGGAGGGGUAAAUAUGGAGAAAUUCGAGGAAUAUUUCCAGAGGGCGGAUUUGGAUCGGGACGGCAGGAUCAGUGGAGCUGAAGCUGUGUCUUUCUUGCAGGGAUCCAAUUUGCCCAGACAAGUCCUUGCGCAGAUAUGGAUGCAUGCUGACCAGAGUCGGACUGGCUUCCUCAGUCGUACGGAGUUUUAUAAUGCUCUUAAGCUUGUUACAGUGGCUCAAAGCAAGCGAGAAUUGACACCAGACAUUGUCAAGGCAGCAUUAUAUGGUCCUGCAUCUGCAAAAAUCCCAGCUCCACAGAUAAAUAUUGCGGCCACACCUAUGCCGCAGUCAAAUUUGGUAUCUGCUUCACCUUUACCACAAACAGGUGCAACUGCCCAGCCAUCUCCGCAAAAUUUUGGCUUCAGGGGGGUGGCUCCUUCAAGUACAAGUGUCAACCAGCAACUCGCAUUGGUGCCUUCAUCUACAGGCACGAACCAGCAGUAUGCACAGGUACGACCUUCCAGUACAAUUAGCCAGCAGUUUGGACCGGCCCAACCAACAAGCACAAGUUUGAACCAGCAGUCUGGACUGUUAAGUACAGGCAUGAGCCAACAGUUUGGACAGGUACGACCGUCAAGUACAAUGAACCAGCAGUUUGCGCAGGCCCAGCCUACAAGCGGAAGUAUAAAUCAGCAGUUUGGACUGUUACAACCUCUGAGUACAGGCAUGAACCAGCAGUUUGGACAGGGGCCCUCAAGUACAAAUAUGAACCAGCCAUUUUUCCCUUCCCAAGGUAACCAGUUAACAAGACCACCUCUAUCCAUGCCUUCUGGUCCCACUUCACGUCCACCUCAGGCUGCUGGUGGCCCAAAUAUCUCCAAGAGCAUGGUGAGUCCUGGUCUUCCAAACUCAAACAAUGAUUGGUUCGGUGGGAAAACUGGUUCAGCUUCCUCCGGGCCAAUAACACAAGUCUUAGACAGAGGAGCCAGUACCUCCGUUGCACCAGUUGCUUCAAGUCCCCAAGAUCCACUCUCAACAUUUUCUUUGACAACUACCAAGGAUCCUAAAGGAUCAGUUAGCUCUGGGAAUGGGUCUAUCUCAAAUCCUGUGGUGUCUGGGGAUGUGUUCUCUGCCAACCAAUCUUCAUUUCUGCAAGUUUCUUCUGCGCAACAACAGCAUGCUAGUAGCUUGCCUACCUCUUCGGCGAUUGUUCCAGUCACUUCAAGUCCCCAGCCUUCGGGUAACCCUGAUCCAUUUGAAGCUUUACAAAGCACUCUUCUGAAACCAUCCACUGGGAUUCAGGCUGCGCAGAGACCAUCUCUCCCAAACUCUAAUCAACAGGCUCCAAUUCAAGUUACUUCUUCAGUCACGUCAUCUGGAGUCCAACCUGCUAUUGGUAGUCCAACAUCAGAGCAGUCUCAGAUCUCGUGGCCAAAAAUGACGCGUGCUGGCAUUCAGAAGUAUGCAAAAGUUUUUAUGGAAGUAGACACUGAUAGAGAUGGAAAAAUCACUGGUGAACAGGCACGCAACCUAUUCCUGAGUUGGAGGCUACCCAGAGAGGUUCUAAAGCAGGUUUGGGAUUUAUCUGACCAAGAUAAUGAUAGCAUGCUUUCUUUGAGGGAGUUUUGCAUUGCACUCUAUUUAAUGGAGCGGUACAGGGAAGGACGCCCGCUUCCGUCGACGCUGCCCAAUAGUGUCAUGCUUGAUGAAACUCUAGUCUCUUUGGCGGGUCCACCUCCAGGUUAUGGAAGCAUGUGGGGCCCCGCUGCUGGCUUAAGACCACAGCAAGGUCUGCCUGGUGCACAGCCUGUUGCCGCUGCUGGUUUAAGGCCUCCAGUGCAGCAGAUGGUAUCUCAGGCUGAUGGAUCAAUGCAAUUAAAUCAGAUUAAUGAUAGAGGUCUUGCUUUAGAUAAUUCCCAGCCUGGUCAACCCAGUAACGGGGAGACAAAUUCUCUGGAUACUAGUCAGGAGGCAGCAGAAACCAAUGACAAGGUCGACAACAAGGAGAAGGUGCUUUUGGAUUCCAGGGAGAAGCUUGAAUUCUAUCGAACAAAAAUGCAAGACCUUGUUUUGUAUAAAAGUAGAUGUGAUAAUCGACUCAAUGAAAUAACAGAAAGGGCUAGAGCAGACAAGAGUGAGGCUGAGAUACUGGAGAAGAAAUAUCAAGAGAAAUACAAGCAAGUUGCAGAAAUUCAUUCUAAAUUAACUAUUGAAGAAGCUUCAUUUCGUGAAAUUCAGGAGAGGAAGAUGGAGUUGCAUCAAGCAAUCACUAAAAUGGAGCAAGGUGGAAGUGCAGAUGGUAUUCUUCAGGUGCGUGCUGAUCGCAUACAAUCAGAUCUUGAGGAACUAUUGAAGGCGUUGACUGAUCGGUGCAAGAAACAUGGUGUAGAGACGAAGUCAGCUGCAUUGAUCGAGCUUCCGCCAGGUUGGCAUCCUGGGAUCCCAGACAUAGCAGCUAUAUGGGAUGAAGACUGGGACAAGUUUGAAGAUGAAGGGUUUUCUUUUGAUGUUGCUGUUCCUACAAAUGCCAAUUCAGCAUCAAUUCAGAAGGAAAAUUCCUCCCCGACACGUAGCUUUUCGCCCGACUCACUGUCAAAUGCGGCCACAUCUGAGAAACUCUUUGGUGCAGGGGCUAGUGCCUUUGAUGCAGAAUCAGUAUACAGUGCAGAUGAAUCAAAGAGCCCACAAGGAAGUCCAGGGCGGCAAACAUCAUAUGAAAGCCCAUUUCAAGAAGAUUCAAAGAAUCAUUUCAGGAAAAACUCUGAUGGAGAUGCUGAAACUCACAGAAGCUUUGAUGAAUCUGCUUGGGGUAAUUUUGACAACAAUGAUGAUAUUGAUUCAGUCUGGGGCUUCAAUGCUAAGGACACGGAUCAUGGAAAGCAUGAAGAGAAAUAUUUCUUUGGGUCUAAUGAUUUUGGUGCAAGUUCGGAAAGAAGUUUCUCCCCUCAUGCAGAUAGUGCAUUCCAGAAGAAUAGCCCAUUUACCUUUGAGGAUUCUGUUCCUGGGACCCCACAUUCCAGGACUGGCAAUUCUCCAAGAUACAGUGUUGAGUCGAGAGAUGCGUUUUUUGACAGUUUCUCAAGGUAUGAUUCAUUCAGUACGCAUGAUCGUGCCUCUUCACCAAGACGGGAGAACCACACUAGAUUCGACUCCAUUGACAGCACAAGGGGCUUCGACCACAGCAGCAACUAUUCCUUUGACGAUUCUGACCCAUUUGGUUCAAGUGGUCCUUUUAAGGUUUCAGCAGAAACUCCCAAAAAGGAUUCUGAUAAGUGGAGUGCUUUCUAGCUGAGGCAUGCAUACUCUUAAAUUUCCAUGAGCCGCAGAAUUUAGAUUUUACUGGUGAUUGAUCGUGCAGACAUGAGUACAGUUUUGUAGUAUACCCCAGAACAAGGUCGAGAGAAGACCAAUUAUACAUAUUGGUGCGUUAUGCUGUAUCCGUACCACUGAAGAUUGUUACAAGACAAAAGCAUGGACAAAAAAUUGAGAAUCAUUUCGACUGUUACCUGAAAGAAGACCUUUUUACUUGCCUAAGCGACUUAUGUGAUUUUUUUUCCUCGUUUUGGAAUUGUUCUUUUCUUUGGAGGUGGGAUUGGGUGGCUGUAUGAAUUGGUAUGAAAUUACUCUCCGUUGUGUUGUAAUUGACAGCAAACGUUGGAUAUGUAUUCUUUGUAAUCCACAUUUGAUAGAUAUAUUCUACUGUCCAGUUGUGAUUUCUGAAA